AUGGCGGCUGCAUUCAAUUUAUUUGAUGAAGUUUUACGUGCAUUUGAUAAAUCACAUCGAAAUGAAAUGACAUUUAUUGAAUUACAUAAUAUAUUAGUUAAUCGGAAUAUAGAUAUAACUGCUGAUGAAUUAAAUCAAAUAAUUCGUUCGCCAAGUCUUUUAAAUCUUUUUAAUCUUCAACCUAUAUCAAAUGAUUUAUGUUUAAUACAAUUAAGUCCAAAAUUAAUUCUUUGUGAAGCCUGCUUGCAGAAAAGUUGUAAAAAUAAAAUGAAAUGUACACAAUUACACCUAUGCCGUUAUAUGUCUCAUUUUUCAAAUAAACCACUAGAAAAACCUUGUAGUUAUCCACAUAAACUUAGUGAUCAUCCAAAUAAUGUCAUUCUAUUACGUCGAUUUAAUUAUGAUACAUUAAAUGAAAAUCUUGUUCUUAAUUUACUUCGUCGUCAUUACAACAGAAAUCAUGAACAAUCUCGAAUAGAGAGUCAUGUUAAUACCAGUAGAUCGUCAUCUUCUCAAUCUAGUAGUAUUGAUUCGAAUAAUACACAAGGAAUAAAACGAAUUUAUCAAUCAAGACCGCCAUCACAAUUAAAUAAAUCCCCUGCUCAAUCAUCUACAUCAAUAGAUAAGAUUAUAGAACGACAGUUAGAUAUUAGUAUUCCAUCGGAACAAGCUGCACCAGAUGUUGAUCUUGAAAUCAUUGAACUUAUUUUAGCAACGAAAAAUAUAAUUAUCGAACGAACAUUAAAAAACCAAAUAUCGAAUGAAUUCUAUCGACGAUAUACAUUACAAUUUCAGAAUAAGCAAGCUAUCGACAAUAUAAUUCAAAAUGAACCAAUUAUAAUGUAUAAUAAUAUACCAAUAAAAAUGAAACGAACCGAACGCCAAAGAGAUAAAAGAAUAUUUGCACUUAAAUUUAAUACUGAUAAAAAAAUUGAUAGUAUACGAUUAAAUUUAUAUAUUGAAACACUUAUUGGAAAAGUUCAUCCAAAUAUAUUUGAUAUGACAAUCGAUGGUAAUGAUGAACAAAUAUAUCUUAUUCGAGGUGAACAACCUAUUGAUUUCGAACAUUUAUAUAAAGCAUAUUCCGCAAAAAAUACUUUACAAGGUUAUCGUAUAACUAUUAUUGAAGUAUAUGAAGCAGAAGCUCUUGAAGUUUCAUUUGUAAAUGGUUCAUAUCAUCAAUCUAUGACUGUAUCCCGAUUACGUCAAUUAAUUGGUGAACAGCGUUGGCAACAAGAUGUUUUUGCUUGCCUUUAUAUUCGAAAUCAGACUAGUGCUGAUAUUGAAUUAAUGAAUGCUGAAGUCACAGCUAAAUGGUUAUCAGAAGCAAAUAGAAUCGAACAAGAUAUGUCUCUUAGUAUCCAUCCGAUUAUUGAUUUCAUUCAACCGUUAGAAAAACAUGAAGAAGAUGAUGAAGAAGUAACAAAACUAUUUGCAACAUCAAAAAUAUCUUCAGCAUCUACCCCUUGCAAUGUAUCAGAUGAUUCACAAAAAGGAGAAAAAGAUCCUGGUCAUUACACAAUUAAACCUGAUUGGCGUGUUGUUCUAACACAUCCAGUAUUUGGUGAUGAAUAUAGAAAAUAUAUUCGUGAAAACUUAAAUAUUUCGGUUCAAAUAAACGGUUCAUCAAUUCAAGUACCUAAUGAAUAUAUUCGUAAAGAAUUAGCUCGUUAUACGAAUAUGUUUAUACAAAAAUUUGUCUUUCAAGAACUUUGUAAUUUAGACAAAACACAAGUUAAAAUUAUAAAAGAUAAUUAUUCCAGAAUGGCACAUAAAUGGCAAAAAGAUACAAAUAAAACAUUAAUUGUUGCACGUCGUGAUAUUAUGGAUGAAAUUUUGCCAACUCUAUCAUUAUCUAGUCGACAACACAAUAAAAUAUUAACUACACCAACAAUUCGAAAUAAACGACCAGAAACUCCUAGAAAACAAGAACAACCACUAUCAUCACCAAUGAAAGAAUUAGUUAUAUCUCAAACAAAACCAUCACAAGACCAAAGUCAAAUACUUUCUUAUCCAAUUGAAAAUAGUGUUUAUUUUCCUUUUUUUACUUCAACAAAUCCAUUUACUGAUCGUCUUACUACUUAUCUAUCAAAUGCAUUCAAUAUUAAAUUAGACAUAAAACCUAUUUCAUCAGCAAAAAUUAUUCUUGAACUUAAAGGUCAAUAUAAAGAUGUUUCUGAUGCUCGACCUACUUUAACAAGUUUAUUUGCAUCAUUAAAAACAAAAAAUUAUUCUGAUACAAAUGAUUCUUGUAAAUUUUCUAUACCGGAUAUUUAUCGUGUAGUACAAUGGCAACUUGAUCAAUGUUCAAUUGUAUCAACAUGUAGUUUUUCAACAAAAAAUGAUGGUAUUUUAUUAGUAAGAUAUUUUGCUGAUAGUCCACAAUUUGGUGUUGAUGAACAACAAAUUGAUGAUAUUAUACAACAUAAUCUUUUCAAUAUUUCAUAUCAUGUUUCAAUAACAAGUGAAAAACUUGAACUUAAUUUAGAAGAAUUACAAAAAAAAAUUCAGCAAAGAUCUGAUUAUGGACAAGAUAUAUGUUGUUUAUAUAAUUAUCGAAAAGGAUCAAGAGAAAGAAUUCGAUUACCUUCGAUACAUUUAUGUGGAACAGAAUCUAUUGUUCAACAGAUUUAUCAAGAAGUUAAAAGAAUUGCUGAUGAUUAUGCACCGAUACCGUCUGAUUUAAUUAAGUUUGAAAAAAAAUAUGAAACGGAUAAUGUCGAUUUACGAUCAGCAUUAAACGGUGAUACAACAAGUCAAUUUGUAGCACCGAAAUAUUUACAUGAAAAAAUUAAAUUAUUUUUAUUUGAAAUGAGCCAAAUACAAAUGUUAUCCAAAGAUAUUAAAUGUUCCACACAAUUAAUUAAUAAUAAAAAACAGGAAUUAAAUGAUUUAGCAUCUAAAAAUCAUUGUCUACUUUCAAUAACAUUAUCAUCUCAAUCAACAACAUAUAAUCGAAUAACACCUACUACUUCAAAAAUUAGUUCAGAAACAAUUAAUGUAUCAAAUGGUGAUCUCACAGCAGAACAAUCUGAAGUUCUUGUUAUUUGUUCAUCAUCUGCGAAACUCUGUGAUGUAGUAAUUAAAGCAGCUGGAAAACAAAUUGAACAAGAAUUAAAUGGAAAAGAUCUAACAAAAACUAUGAUUGACACAUCUGUUGGUAAUUUAAAACAAGCUAAACGUCUUCUGUUUUUACCUUGGAAACCACCAUCAACAUUGUCUACUAAUCAAGAUAUUGAUGCACUUCGUCGAUCAAUCUCGAUAUUUAUUCAACAAGCGAUUCAAUAUACUAUUCAAGGAAAAUAUAAAAGUAUUGCAUUUCCUGCUAUUGGAUGUGGUGGUUUUGGUAUACCAGCAGAUAUAAUUGCAACAAUUAUGAUUGAUGCAGUUCGUGAACAAAUGAUUGCUAAUCCAACUAUUCAAUUAGUGAUUACAUUUGUCGUACAACAAUCACAUGUAUAUGAUGCUUUUAAUACUAAACUCAAAAGUACAUCAACGGCUACUACUGCUAAUCGUAGUCGUUCUCCAUCAUUGUCUUAUUUAUCAAAUCAAGAAAAAUUUAAUAUAAGUCUUACAACAUCUAAUUCAAAUAUUGAUAUAGCCAAGAAACUAUUAGCAACUAUUGAAAAUAUUCUCGUUUCAUCAUUUUCUACUUAA